UAUUGUCUUCCAAAUUCCCGCCGCUUCGUUGCUCUCGUCGACGUCAGCCAUGAGCAGGAGAUUGAGGGCUUUCAAGAGAUGGAUGAAGUCUCAAGGGUUCGUAUACAGUGAUGCCCUCGAGUUCGUCGAUUCCAUCGACAGCGGCAUCUCCGUGCGGGCUCUCUGCGACCUCAAGGAAGGAGACCUCGUGGCCACCAUUCCCAAGAGUUCCUGCCUCACUAUCCGGACCUCGGGGAUCUCUUCAGUUAUCGAGGAUGCCGGCCUUGGCGGUUUUCUUGGUCUCGCUAUGGCGCUUAUGUACGAGAGGAGCCUCGGCGCGGCCUCUCCAUGGGAGGGAUACCUCCAGCUCUUGCCCGAGAGGGAGUGCGUUCCUCUUGUCUGGAGUUUGGAGGAGGUGGACACGCUGCUGGUUGGGACCGAGCUCCAUAAGAUUAUAAUAGAAGACAAGAAAUUCCUCUAUGAGGAUUGGAAAGAAUACAUUGAACCUCUCAUUCAAUCAAGGCCUUUGGAGAUAGACCCGAAUAGUUUUGGUAUCGAGCAGUAUUUUUCUGCAAAAAGUCUUAUUGCUUCUAGAUCCUUUCAGAUUGAUGGAUAUCAUGGCUCUGGUAUGGUGCCAUUGGCUGAUCUGUUUAAUCACAAGACUGGUGCUGAGAAUGUUCACUUUACGUUAACAUCUUCUUCCUCUGAUUCAGAUGAUGAUAUUGAUACGGACAUUUUUUAUGCAUUUGAUGAUGAGAAACCAUCAGUGAAAAACUUUACUAAUACAUCAGUAGGCGAUCCUAUUGGAACUCUGGAAAUGGUCGUGGUGAAGGAGGUUGAGGCAGGUGGUGAGGUCUUCAACACUUACGGGUCUAUGGGUAAUGCUGCAUUGCUUCAUAGAUAUGGAUUCACAGAACUUGAAAACCCUUAUAACAUUGUUAACAUUGAUCUAUAUCUAGUACUCAGUUGGUUUUCUUCUUCAUACUCCAACCGUUAUGUUAGAACAAGACUAGGAUUGUGGAGAAAGUUGAAUUAUUCUGGCUGCUCCAGCCAGAAUUCUGAGUACUUUGAGGUAUCUUCUGAUGGUGAACCUCAAAUGGAGCUGUUGAUUCUUUUGUACAUAUUCUUAUCAGAAAACAUAUAUCAAAAACUAGAUUCUGUGGUAGAUUCUUUAAUCGAAGCUAAUGAAGAUGAUAAGAUGAUUAAGCUAUUGGAAUUAAUCAAAACAGACUGUGAACACAAAUUAGAGGAUUUCAGGGAGGUAUUGCUGACAGAUAAUGUUUGCCAGGCGCUUAUAUCUCUGGCUGAUGUUAGAGAGAGUUUGUAUGGUUUGACUUCUUUGCAGGAGGACAUUAGCAGGCUUCUUAAUUGUUGCGAAUUGAUGGAGAGCAAGUUGUAUCAUUCUUUAGUUCUGCGUGUGGGUGAGAGAAAAAUACUCGCUAAGCUAAGGGCAUAUGCUCGCAACCACUUUAGAGCGGUGAAAAGGAGGCGUGUCAGAAAAUCAGCAAGGAGAUGCUGAGUGAUCUUCCAAAUUCUGCUGUGGAGCAUAAGAAGCACAAAGAAGAAAAUUGGGCUCAAGACUUGAUGAACUAAUCCAUCAUGGCUGGAAAAGUGAUUUCAUUCUCAUCUGGUAUGGCUCUGCCCUUCUUCAUCUUCUCAAAAAGCUUAAAAGCUUCAGCUGUUCAUCCAUGCUAAGCAUAUCCAAUAUGUUGAUAGCUGCGAAUCUCCUGAAAUGCUCUAACAACACCUGUCUUCACAUUUAAAUUAAUCUGAGUGAUUGCAGUAAUCCUUCCUUGACUGCAAAACCAUUUUCGAAAAAAAUCUGAAGAGCUUCAAUACCAAACAUGAAGGAUGCCCACCCGACCACAGUUGGAUUAGGUAUGCAAUUUCUUACUUAUAAUUAAUUAUAUUUCAGUCUUAGGAUGGAUGACUUGUUAGCUCGAAAAUUGAGGCAACAAACACCAAAGUAAAUAAUAUUGAGCUUUUAAUAUUGUUCGAACAAGUGAA